AACUACGACUAUCUUCAUUCUCUCUCAACUGAACUACUACUAUUCCUCUCUGUCAACCCAGCUUUGCCACUCCGCUCUCACCCAGCCAUGAAAGCUCAAGUUUGGGUUUUUCUUCUUGGCUUCCUACUCCUACUGCAAUGCUGCCAUGUUACCAAAGUAGAUGCCAGGAUACAAAGGAGGAGGAGGAUGGAAUCUGCAUCUGCUUUGCCCGACACAACCACUCACUCUCCGCCGGAGGGCAACACCACAUUCCUCGGCGGCACGACUUGGUGCGUGGCCCGCGGCGGCGCGUCGCAGUUCGAUUUACAGGUUGCAUUGGACUGGGCUUGCAGUCAACUGGGGCCGGUCGAGUGCGGGGCGAUUAAACCAGGCGGCCCAUGCUUUGAGCCCAACACUCUGCUUUCCCAUGCCUCGUACGCUUUCAAUAGCUACUACCAGCAGAAUGGGAACAAUGACGCGGCUUGCUACUUCGGUGGAGCUGCCACGCUCACCGGAAACAACCCCAGUUAUGAAACAUGUACUUAUGCAACCUCUGGUCACUACAAUGGGGACAUGAGGUCAUCAGAAGCUGCAAGGCCGCCAAUGCACAAGGAAAACAUAUAUUGGUGGCAAAUAAGCAGUCUCCUAAUGCUUCUGUAUCUGAGAAGCUGAUCGAUCGAGCAUUUAAUUUAAUUGAGGGUACUUGUUACGGAAAGGACGGCAUUGCUAAAUGUGUCCUUUGGGCUACGUAACAUUCUUUUCUUUCUAUUUGGUUUAAGAAUCUAUGGUUCUAUGCCUCUCCAUUUUUGUAACUAAGAAUUUAGGUACAAGAGAAUGUUUUAAUCUUCUUUUGCCAAAGCAAUUACUCCCUUUUUGCUUUUUUAUAUUAGCAUGGGAAGUUACAUCUGCAGUAACUGAAAAAUACGGAGUAUAUAUUAUGAAUACAAAAACCUUACUUUCUACAUGAUGCAAGCAACUAGAAG